CCGGCCGCCCACGUCGCGGAGCCCGAGGCUCCAGGUCAGCGGCGGCAGAAACAGCAGCGGCAAGAGCAGCGACAAGCGCGGCAUAGCUUGCUCCGGGACAGCGACGGCGCCUCUGCUUUGCGCUCUGCUCGGCGCCCGCCGCGCAGCCACCGCUCCCUCCCCGCGGCCGCUGAUUGGCCGGGCCCGCACCGCGGGGCGCCCGCAGACCGCUGCCCGGGCCCGGGAUCAGCGCGGUGCCUGAGGCCCGGGGCUCCGAGCUGGAGGGACGCCCCGAGAGCAGCUCUCCGACCUCUGUCGAUUGGACUGUUGGGGAAACCGAGACCCAGUGGGGGCGGAAACUUGCUCGAGGUCGCUGUAGUAGAGUCAGGAUUGGAUAACCGUACGGUCUCCGGAUCCAAGGCUGGCUGCAGAUAGACCGGGCGGUUUAAUGGCACCUGUACCAGCUCGGUAGACAUGGAGCUCUUCCUCCAUUACUCCCUCAUCCCAUCACUCUUUAUCGUUUUGAUCUUGUCCUUCCUCCAAAGACGAGAGCAGCGUAGACAGAGAGAUGAUACCUCUUACCUCCUGGGGAACCGCUUUGGAAUUAUCAUGCCUCUGGACUUCGUGGGCACUUUCAGUAACCGAUGGUCCUAUGGAAUCGCCUUUGGGGCCACAGCCAAUAAGGUCAUGUUUUUGUUCUCAGAAGGCUACCAGCCCCUGCAGAUCCCACAGUGGGCCCAAGCCUUUGAGCUUCUGAUUGGAGGCCUUGAAGUUGGCCUGUCUCACUUCCCCUUCUUUGCCUGCCUCUCGUCGGAGUUCCAGCUGGUCAGCUCCACCCUGGGCUUCUGCUACUCUCUUAUCUGGUUUGCUGUCACCAUUCUUCAAGUUUCACAGUGUCCCCAUGGGCAGUUUGUGGGAAAGUAUGAGACCCUCGUGUUCUACUGGCCCUCGCUGCUGUGCCUCGCCUUCCUGCUGGGCCGCUUCCUGUAUAUGUUUGUCAAGGCUCUGAGGGUGCACCUUGGCUGGGAGCUCCAGGUGGAAGAAAAGCCCGUCCUGGAAGCGCACCAGGCAGAGCACGUCAAGCAGCUCCUGAGGACACCCCGCCCACAAGAAGAAAAAAAGUCUUGGUUCCAAACCAGGAUAUACGAGUGGGAUCCCUGCUUUCAAUUCCCAAGCAGAAUGAUUGGAACCAUUGUAUUGGCUUUCAUCUGCCUGUACCUUUUCAUUGUCAUCGAGUUCUGCAUGUUUGUGUAUGUGAGAGAUGAGCUGGAGAUGUUUGAAAACAAGCUGGAGAGCUACAUCACCUCCGUGAACCAUUCAGGGAUCCUGACGCCAGCCAUUCUGCAGGUGAAAGAGCUGAUCAGCGUUACCAAAGGAGUCUGGGUGGCGACCAUUUUGCCUGCCUCGCUAACGUGUGUGAGCUAUCUGUUCCACAUUUUGGUCUGUUACAGAAAGCACAUAAAGAGGCUCUGGGCAGGAGAUAAACACUUUCUGCCUUUGAGGUUCCGUAACCCGGCCUCGUCGGAGAGCGUGGUAGCCAUUGCAAGGUACUCUGGCUGGCAAAUAGCCUAUAUUCUAUGGGGCUACUUCAUCAUUCACGUGGUGCAGAGCCUGUGUGGCAUGGCAAUCAUGUACGGCCUGGUGCUGCCCAUCGUCCACAAACAGGGCCUGGAGAUGCUGCGAGGGCUGGGCAUCGGGAUCCUCACCAUAUCCAUUGUUGUGGGUCUCAUGAUCCUGCAGAUGUGGAUCGCCACCAGCUUCUUCCUACAGCCAAAGCUGGGCACAGCUGACAAGCAGAAGCCCCUGGCUCUCAACAACAGGAAAGCAUUCCACAACUUCAACUACUUCCUGUUCUUCUACAAUGUGCUGCUGGGCCUGGGUGCCUGCCUCUCCAGGCUGCUCAUCAGUUGCCUCCUGGGCACGUGGCUGAUUGCCCGCAUUGACAGGACCAUCAUGCCGAGUGGCUAUGAGGGGGCAGACAUGGGGUUCAGUGCAUGGAUCGGCAUGCUCUACGUGGACCAUUAUCACACCAACCCUGUGCUUGUCAGCUUUUGCCACAUUCUGAUCACAGAUCACAGGGAGAGGAAGCUGCAGCAGACCACCAAAUACUGGUGCCUAAAUCAAUCGGCAGGUCCCCGUGUCUCAGCUAGGUCCAGAACAAGAUGGCUCCUAUUGCAGACCCUAAUCAACAACCCAAGACUCGUCAUGCUCAGAAAAUCAAAAUUAGGGCACAGUUCCCAGGAGUCCCAAAUUCUGAUGACAUGUUCGGACAGCUGAUGCUGGCCCCCAUCAUCUGCUCCAGGGCCGGGCUAGCACAUCUGCCACCAAGAGAGGCUCAGUCUAACCGGCAGCUGUCUCCUGCAACGAAAUGGGAUGGCACAGGCACCAUCCAUGCAGAUGGUAGACAACAUUGGCUACUCAUGGGAUGGCCACCUGGACUGAGGGAUGAAGCCUCAGGACUAUUUCACUCCCUUGGCAAAAAAAAGAUUAAAAAACUAAAGAAAAGUCUGUUGAACAAACUUUGCCCAUUAAUGACUUGCACUAUCCAUUGUGGGUAGGCAGCCUUGAAGAGUUACCUGGUAAAAAGCACUUAGUUUACCUACAAGGCAGAAUUUUAUGUCACUGGAGAAGAUAGUCAAAUAUGUACAUCAGGAGAGUUUAACCAUCAGAUCCCAUUUUUGUCUGGAACAGAACGUGGAUUUCAAUCCGACAGCAUCCUCAUUGCUUCCGUCUUGCCAGGCUUUAUCACAGAUGGGAAAGAAGGAACUCCAUGAUCCUGGCCCCCAAUUUUGUUGGACCUUUGCAGGCGCACAACAGGCUUUCUCUCCCAUCACCACUGGUAUGGGAGGGGAAUGGAUCAGAGCUAACUUGGGCCUUAGUCACACAGCAGAUGCACAGAUUCUCUCUGAGAAGGGUGAGAUUACUUGGAAAAGCCACGUGUCUGAAGAUACAAAGACAGCGUGGGCAGGUAUUCUAGUAGGGGAUCACAAGAGUAAAGUUGUAUGAGCUAGAAAGCCUCAAGCAUGUUUGAGGAGGGUGAGCCAUGUGACAUGUCAGGUUACAGAGCUCUAGGGACUGGCCAAGACCAUCCCAAGGCAGGCCAAAUGUCAUGCCAGGAGGCGUGGACAUUUGUCCUGUGCUGCUUAGGAGGCUGAAGUGGGAGGAUUGCUUGAGUCCAAGAGUUU